CGUCCACACUGCCGUCAGCGUCGCGCCCUACAGAGAGCAGACGUAUCGCGUACCGCGUAAAUAUACCACAUUGUUUACUCACACACAAUCGUACCGGCAUGUUGUGUAUCCCUUGCAAACAGUAUAUUAAAGAUCGAUAAGAUCGUCGUACGUAUAUAUUUUGUGAACCGGAAGUGCAUUAAAUCAAGAAAAUAUGUCGUUCAUUGUGAUAUUGCUAUUGAUAAUAGUAGCGUUAGUUGUGUUACUAGCUAUUAUUCAUUACACAACAAAUGGAAGGAAAUAUUGGCUGUUGAAAAAAGUGCCUUACAGAGAACCAUGUCCGAUAUUUGGGAAUUUUGGGCCAAUAUUCACAAUGAGGCAGAGUUACACAAAAAUGUUGCAAUUUUUUUACGAUAAGUACAGUAACGAAAAGUACGUUGGAAUAUUUCAAGCUCGUAGACCGACGUUAAUGGUAAUAGAUCUGGAUAUUGUGAAACAUAUAUUUUCGACGGACUUCCCUCACUUCAGCGACCGUGUGUCUGUUUCUACUGAUACACGACGAGAACCGUUGCUUCGUAACCUGGCUAAUAUGAGUGGUGCAGAGUGGAAAGCGAUGCGACAAAUAGUCACACCCACCUUUUCCUCGGCGAAGAUGAAAGCAAUGUUUCCAUUGAUCGCCGAGUGCGCUCAAACAUUAAAUAAAGUGCUACAGAAGGGAUCAUUAGAUGAAGUUAAUGUACACGACUUAAUGACACGUUAUACGACAGACGUUAUUGGUAGUUGUGCAUUUGGUGUAGAUCCAGAAUCAUUAAAAAAUCCUGAUUCUCCGUUUUUUAAAAUGGCUAAUAAAAUGCUGAGACCUACUCUGUCUACAAUAUUGAAAAGGUAUUGUCGUACCUUUUUUCCCCGGAUAUUUAGACUAUUGAAUUUGAAAACAUACUCACGUGACGUUGAAACUUUCUUUACAUCUAUUAUUAAUCAAGUCUUAGCUGAACGAAGGACAACUUGUGUUCGAAGAAAAGACUUUCUUCAGCUUAUGUUGAACGAACAACAUUCACAAAAUGCGUUUCCUAUGACCGACGCUUUGAUAACAUCUAAUUCGUUUAUAUUCAUGUUAGCUGGUUUAGAAUCGACAGCAACUACUCUAUCAUUUUGUUUAUAUGAGUUAGCCAAGGCCAAUGAUAUUCAAAAUAGAAUAAAGCAAGAGAUUUCGGAAUGUUUGGAUCGACACAAUGGUUUGAAUUAUGAAGCUGUUUGUAGCAUGCGGUUGACAACACAGGUGGUGCUGGAAACAUUGCGGUUGCAUCCUCCGACACCUCUAACGACUCGUCUCUGCACUAACCCAUGUACACUCAGUGGGACUGACUUAAAAAUCAAAGCGAAAGACCCUGUACUCAUUCCACUACAUUGUAUUCAAAGAGAUUCAAAAUAUUUUCCGAAUCCCGAUAAAUUUGAUCCGGAACGGUUUAAAGACGAUUUGAAUCCACCAGGGUUUAUAGCUUUCGGUGAUGGACCGAGGAGUUGUCCGGGUGUUCGUUUUGCCCAACUAGUGGCCGUGGCUGGUUUGGCAAGUAUACUGACCAAUUACGUCGUGGAACCGUGUGCCCGAACUACGCCACGUAUCCAUUAUGACCCUCGCAGUGUUAUGCUGAAAAAUAAAGGCGGCAUAUGGCUUAAAUUUAUCUCCCUAGAAUAAUAUUGUUGACCUAAAAGU